AUGCCUCAAACACAAUUCAAGCUUUCCAAGUUAGACGGCCAUACCCGUCGUAUUGUAUUUCCAGACCUUCCAACCUGGGAGGCUCUUGCGUCCAGGUUGGAGCACCUUUAUGCUAUCCCACUCGACAAAAUUGGAGUUUCUUACAUCGACAAUGACAACGACGAAAUCACUCUGAGCUCAAACAAUGAGCUACAGGACUUCUAUCGACUGUCUCAUCGUUCUAAUGAAGUCAUCAAAUUUGCUGUUCUCGAUUUAAGGUCUUCUCGGGAUGGGCAGAAGUCUGAAGCCCCACCAAAUCGAAACACCUUUGGCCACGAAUCUUUUGACCUUGACGAUGACUGGCAGCGCCUCCCUACCAUUCACGGCAUCUCGGACUUGUUUCUGGGGAGGACUCUAGGCGUUGAGAGUCCUCAUGCCUUCGUCGAAGUCAUCGACAGUGACGCUAACAAUGAUGAAUACUCUGCUGUUCAACCAACCUGCGAGAUUCCAAAGUCUGAUAAGGGCAAGGCAAAGGAUGUGUCAAGCCCCAACGGAACAGUGGCUGCUGCUGCAGCCUCCACUGUUUCCAUGAUUGCGGAGGAAUCACCGUUCAAGCAUCCCAUCCAUGUCUACGACCUCCACUCUCAAAAUCCAGCGUCAUCCAGUUCACCACCACAAAAUACAAACAAUAACAUUACCGCUGAAAGUACCCCGAAAGCUAAUGCACAAGAUCUAAAUUCUCGUGAGCCUCAGGAGAGCUCCAGGGUGGACCUGCCUGCUUUGCCGGAGGUCAUUGAGGAUCCUCCUCUUCCAACCACUGGUGACGCAGUCAAUACGUCUCCGUCCCUUUCACAUGACAUUGCCGCUCUCCUUACAUCGUUGACCACUGUCGUUUCAGCUCACCCAGAACUGUCGGAAGGUCUUCGCAAUAUCAUUCGCAACGCUACAAGUGGCGUAUACUGGCAGGUUCAUGGCGAGGCACUAUCACAGGCCGUGACUGACAUUGCACAAUCUGUGGAACUGUCCUCAAACGAGGUGCGCCGUAACGUCGAAUCAGAGGCAGAACGACGGAUUUCCGAGGUGCUCGGAAGGAUGUUGAGAUCACUCUCAGAAGGGCAGGCAAAUCCUACCCCUGACCUUCCUGCUAAUCCAGUAACUGAUGACUCAAGACACGGAGCUCAGCUAUCGGCAUCAUCAGCAUGGUAUGGACCUCCCCGUGCAAAUUUUGCCCGUCACCGUAUGCGAGGUCACCCACCGAUUCCGGGUAUUUCAAAUACACGUCCAGGCUGGGGGUUUUGGGGUGGCCCCCCUCCAGUCCGUGCCCACACUUAUCACGCCCACGGACCUUCGUUCCGUCACGGUUCUCCUCACAGCACCGCUGUACGCAAUGACUAUCGUCAUCACGAUUCUCAGGAUCAUCAAAUCCCCGUUCCACCAGGCCCUCCCCCUCCUCUGGGCUCACCUUCCCAGAUAUCCCCUGUGCUACCUCCUUCGCCAGCACCCAACCCCCUUCCCAAGGUAACCCCUCCUGCGCCUACCUCAACGUCCCCCGUGGAACAGCCACCUAUCAGUGGCCCUGCCGCUGCUGAGGAAUUGCGCCCUCCUAGGCCUCUUCCACGACCGAACAACUUCCCACAUGCUGGUAACUCACCUCACGAUGUUGGUUUGGCUCCUUACGACUUCCCUCCCUUCUAUUACAAUUCUUCUGGUGGGGCGUACCCUCCUCACUUACCACCCCCUCGGGGUUUCAGCACAAGCCACCCAUUACCACCACCACCGCCGCCGCCGCCGCCACAUUCCCCUUGGGGAUUUAGGGCGUACAACCCCAGGCCGCCAUCGGGGUCGUCUGAACCUUCUAAGCCGUCGCCUCAAGAGUUGCGCGCUCAGGUUGAGGCAGCUAAGCUCCUUUAUAAAGCCGAGAAGGAGCGAUACCGCCAGGAGAAGGAGGAACGCAAGAAGGACAGGGACCGCAACAUUGCCAACAGCGAAAAUGCUGCCAUACAGCAUACUACAGAACCGCAACCAGUGCCCUCCACAUCAUCUCCUCUAGGUGAUAAUUCUGCACCCGAGGUUCCUGUACAAAUUAUCAGCAAUGCCAGGGGCCCUUACCCUCAGUUGGAAAUGUUUAGUGUUCCGCGUCGACACAACACUCAUCUUGGUCACGGUUCAUCUCACAAACGGGGCGAAAAGACCUCUGAAGACUUGACCGCCCGCGCGUUGAGCCGAAUCACCAAGCGGUUGGCAGAUAUCAAGGCGCAGAUGCCUGCCAACGGCCUUAUCUCCAAGGAUGAGGAAGAUAAUUUGGUCACCACACUGCUGGAAGAGCUUCUUGCCAUGUCGCCCAAGCCCGCCUUCGCGUCUGGAUCAAAGGAGAAGGAUAUUCCUGGUGCAUGGCACUGAGUGGUCGUAUUGCUUGAGAACUUAUGUAAGAAUAUGAAUGUCGUUUGUACAUGUACAGUAGAACUAUGGUUAUGAUUGUG